UAGAAUGGUCCCACCUGAUUGCGCCUGCCUUCAAUCAUUGAGGGCAUAUAUUUCCAUCGUUAAAGUGGUCACUCGGUUAUCUACUCAAAUAUAAUAGAUCAUCUUUGAUAGUGUUCGAUUUUUCAAGAUGUCGUCGCUGGAACAGAGACUCUCCAGAAUCGAGGAGAAACUAAAGCAAGAAAAUAAAGAUGCUCGUAGAAGAAUUGACCUCAAUAUCGACAUGAGUCCACAACGUUCACGUCCGAGGCCAAUCAUCGUGAUCCAGCUCAGUCCUGCUCCAGCUCCUUCCCAGCGUGCAGCUCUUCAGCUGCCCCUGGCCAACGACGGAGGGGGGAGUCGCUCCUCGUCCUCUGAGAGCUCACCCCAGCACCAUUCCUACCCCAGCCGCCCGCGACACAUGCUCAACCUGCCCACGCCACAGUACGGCCUGGUGAAGAGCCUGGAGAAUGCGGAGAUAGACCAGAAGCUGCAGGAGAUCAUGAAACAGACAGGCUACCUAAAGAUUGACGGCCAGCGGUACCCGGCCGAGGUCAGUGACCUGAUCAGCGAGGGGGAGAUCGGCAGCGGCACGUGCGGUCAGGUGUUCAAAGUGCGCUUCAAGAAGACGGGCCACGUCAUCGCCGUCAAACAAAUGCGCCGGACAGGAAACAAGGACGAGAACAAGAGGAUUCUGAUGGAUCUGGAUGUUGUGUUGAAGAGCCACGACUGCCCUUACAUCAUCCAGUGCUAUGGCGCCAUAGUUACCAACACGGAUGUGUUCAUCGCAAUGGAGCUGAUGGGGACGUGUGCUGAGAAACUCAAGAAGAGGAUCCAGGGGCCCAUCCCUGAACGCAUUCUGGGAAAGAUGACUGUGGCAAUAGUGUCGGCUCUACUGUACCUGAAGGAGAAGCACGGUGUGAUCCACCGGGACGUGAAGCCCUCCAACAUUCUGUUGGACAACAAGGGCCAGAUCAAGCUGUGUGACUUUGGCAUCAGUGGACGACUCGUCGACUCAAAGGCCAAGACCCGCAGCGCCGGCUGUGCUGCCUACAUGGCUCCUGAGAGAAUAGACCCCCCAGAUCCCAGCAAGCCUGACUAUGACAUCAGAGCAGACGUCUGGAGCCUGGGCAUCUCUCUGGUGGAGCUGGCCACAGGACAGUUCCCCUAUAAGAACUGCAAGACUGACUUUGAGGUCCUGACCAAAGUGCUGCAGGAAGACCCUCCCUCUCUCCCCCUCAGCAUGGACUUCUCCCUCGACUUCCAGUCCUUCGUCAAAGACUGCCUCACAAAGGAUCACAGAAAAAGGCCAAAAUACCACAAGCUGCUCGAGCACAGUUUCAUUCGGCGCUAUGAGGUGCUGGUGGUGGACGUUGCGGGCUGGUUCCAGGCGGUGAUGGAGCGCACUGAGUCACCACGCAGUAGCCAAUGUUACAGCCAGCACCAGCUCCAUUCGCUCUUCAGCAGGUAGCCCCCAGCUACUGGCCCUGCCACUGGAGCCUGCAGCCGGGAGACCCCGGAGAGGGACGGAGACACGGAGUAGGCCUAUAACCCUAGACAGACAGACUGGUUCGGUGAAUUGAUUGAUUGAGUCUGGUUGAUUGACUGAUUGAGUCUGGAUCAGGACAGACAGACACGCGGGAGAGUAGAGCUUCACACUGUAGUUAGGCGUCAUCAGAAGUCAUAUCAGCACAUGUACGUUAUUAUCGUGAACACAUACUGUAGGUUACUCUAAUGCAUGCUCACUUUUCCAUCCAUUAGAUACUGACGUACAGUAGUGAUACCGUAAAUACAUUUACGUGGUUAAACACAUACAGAAAUACUACUCACUAGUCAUAUCUCACACGCCUGUGUAAUCUUGUUCAGCUCCAGCCCUAGUCAUAGCUACGGGGUCUGACAACAGAGUAGUCUAUACACACUGGAGCUAAUUUCUGCUACAUCAUGUAGUGUUAAGACAAUGUAAAAGUCCCUACGGCAAGCCCAGAGGCCCAGUUUCAUUCGCAGUGAUGGCUAGGCUCAGAAGUGGAAGGUUCAGUGCAAUAUUCAGCCGGGUGUUUUAUUUCUAUACUUACUCUUCAACAGGUUGUGUAUGAGUGUGUGUACUAAGACACAAGUGUGCGCUCACUAUUAUGGAUGGCAAAUAGCUGUCCCACUGUAGCUCUAACAGACCAACUAGACCCGCUGUAUUUGUUUCGGUCUGGAUUCAGUCUGGUUUUUAACCAUAGUUUUGAAAAUACUGUAGAUGACAGAAACAUUAACUUUGAUUCAAAUGCUUAGAGAGAAUAUUAACAAGUACAUGUUCUAGCAGCUUUGAAUUGGGAAAAACUGCAAAAAAUACAAAAAAAGUAGGUUUAUGCGUAGCGCUGUAGAAAAGGUGUUUUGUAUUUAUUUAUUUAGAGUUCAGGAUGGUUUUGAGUGGAACUGGAUAACAGGUGGAGGGAUACAGAGGAGGAGAAAAGGAUGAGGGGAGAGGACAAAAGUCUGCCUUUUAUCGGACUUGGUUUACUGCAUUUACCCCAGCUGCUGUGGUGAAACUCAGUCAGGGAAACUGUACUGCCAGGUAGAUGAGGUUUAAAGCCGUGUUGCUUAUGGUUGAAUAGAAGUAUUACAAAAGGAAACAGUUUGGAGGGGAGGCGUGAGUUAUUUUUGUUAAGAAAUAGGUAAGAGAGAGGAGCUUGCGCUUUACAAAUAAUACAAUAACAUAUUUUUGGCUGUGGAGCAUUUCAACCCCCUCUCUCUGCUCUUUCUCAAUGGCACUCAGCCACUCACCCUCUCUUCUUUCUUUCAUUCUUUCUGCUGUUCCAUCUUUUAGAGGCUCCACAGUUUUGUCAAACCAAAGGUGGUAGUUGUCAGUUGAGGGUGUCACACAAGGCCCUAUCGUUGCUCGUGACUGUUGCUUCCCCUCCUGCAGGGCCAGAGCCAAAGCCAGGUAGAGAAGACUACCCACCCACCCCCCCCCAGCAUUAGGAGUUUGCAAGAUGGCACUGACAGAACUGGGAUCAGACUUCCCCAACACACACCAAGCCAAAUCCCUGCUAGACACAGACAAGAUAGGAGAGAGAGAUCAACGGUAUGUCAGAGAAAUGGAGAGUGGGAACCGGAAAUGUCGACUAUGAAUAUGUGCAGAAGAAGCGCUAGGGAGAAGCAAGGAGAGGAAAGAGUUGGAUAAAAAAGUAUUUAGGAUGAAAGGAUGAGGUGAAAAGGAGCGGAGGAAGAAAAGGAUAAGAAAGUAGGUCAAGAGGGGUACGCGACAAAGUUAAGGGCCGUCUCGAGCUAGUGAGGGAUGAGUGACUGAGCAGAGAAGUGAGUGUUUUGAUAACGGAGAGAUGUAAAGGAGAGAGAUUUUGUAGCCCUGAAUUCAGCCAUAGGCAGGCUAUGGAUCAGAUGUUGAAGCUAGCUGGACAUUGUAAAAUCUUUCAAUGGUAUUGCACCAAUAUACCAAUUAUGAUUUUUAGAGUGAAUUAGGAUUUGUGUUUUGAUUGUUUGCUGUUCUAUUCAUUAUUGUAUCUUUCAAAAAAUAUUUAAUUAUUUAUUACAUUGCUACUACUGCUGCUAAAUUUUUGCUUUAGACUCUGCUGUCGAUAAUUGUCCCCCAAAGGAAAAAUACUUUUAUCUUUUAAACCAAAUAAGUGAAGUAAUGCAAUGUCUUUACAUUUACCAAAUACAGAAAAGCAAGUCUGAUGAUGGGGAAUGGUGUGAGGGAACACUGAUAGAUGAGUAGCAUAGGUUAACGUCACAAAACUAAGCCACACAAAUGACGUACAUCUCACCUGUAUCUAACAAUGUAAUAGUAUGUUGUAGUCACAAUUAUAUCGCACUACAGCACCGCAAAGUCUAGUCGUUAUUAGUGAAGGAGUGUCCGUCUGUCCGUCCUGACCUGUGAACCUUGACCUUUUGCUCUCUGACCUUGGACAUUGUAGUCCAGGGUCACCCUGAUUUAGACUGGUCUGUCUACCUGUCCGUCUGUCUGUCCGUGGGCCUCCUGCAAGCUCGACCCUUGACGUUACACACCAAAGGUGUCAUCAACGAAAACAAGUUAUUGAUAUUCUAAUUGAUUACUAGGACUACGAUAUAUUGAGUUUCUCUGUAGCUAGUGAGGGAUAGGGGGAGGGGGCACUUUAGGGGUAGCAAUGCCUGUGUGUGUAGAAUACAGGGAGAGACUUGUACUCCGACAAAGCCUGGGCACAGCAAUCACACCCACUCAGCCAGACAGACCUAUUUACUGUGUAAACUGGUACUGUAAUAAGCCACUGUUCACCAUCACCAAGUCUUGGGAGAGUUCAUGAGAUUGGCUGUGUUGCAGGUAGAAUAUACAUGGUUCUCUUAUCGUUGUGGAAUAGAGAACAGUGUUGGUUCUUUGAGUUAUGUUUCAGUCUGCAACAUUCUGUUUGUUGUUGCCCCGCCACAAAUCAUCAUGUACCUACUUUGAACCAAUCAGAUAGUAAUGUGCCUACUUUCUAUAGGCAAUCGGGUAGUAAUGACAGACACAUUAUUAUACAAUCUAGGCUGCCUGGCCCACUUGCUCAAACAAAGUUUUAAAAUACUGACUUUGUACUUCUAUUAGUACUAUUUACAUGCUCCCUACCCCUUGGGUUGUCCAAAAUCACUAGAAAGUGCACUCUACUCAAAGUGCACCCUAUUCCCCCAGUCUUGGCUGUCCAGUGCUGUGUCAGACCCAGUCUCCCACUGUCAACUUUCUCUUUUGUUUUGCUGUUGUCUGUUUACAAGCACACACGUGGUCUGUACGUGGUUUGAAAACACCUGACAGGUGACUGUGCCACUCUUCACCUUUCUGAAAACGGUAGGAACUUUUUUUUUGGUUUAGUCCAAAACCGAAUGACUUGUGUGUUUUAGUGUGUGCGUUUGUAAAAUGUAUAAUAAUAAAAAAGUUUGAAUACUAAUUCUAACCCAUUGCCAAGGACAGCGGUGGCGCGCCACACACACACCAAAAGUAGGCUAUAGACAGUAUGUCCACAGUGAUGCUGAUUGACUGCCGUUUAGUGGCUUUGUGUGUUCUUAGCAGGCAGUGGCAAAGCCAGCGCUGUUAAAGAUGUACUCUGGUAGGGUGCCUCUGAAAUCACACCUUAUGUAGUGCAUUACUUUAUCACCAGGGCUCAUAAGACCCUGGUCAAAAGUAGUGCACAAUCUAGUGACUAGGGUGCCAUUUUGGAUGCACAUAGUAGUCUGCUGCUGCGCUGUACCUUGGGGGUGGGAGGGUGUGUCAUCGCCCCAUCUGUAAGUAAAACCAAAUAUCAUUUUCACUAUGCAGUCAUUCAAAUCUGUCAGCGUGCUGUACGUUAGGGAGUCCUCCUGUAUAUAAACAUAUGGGGAUGAAACUGGACUUGUUGACAAGAUGAGAUCUUCUCCCUAGUAUGGUUAAAAUCAUGCCUUCAGCUAGUCCAGAGGGAAAAUGAGUAAAGCGAGAUGUGUUUUUGAGUGAGCUGACUAUUUAAGGAUUGUAUUGGGGUUGGGGUGGGGCUGUCGGGUUGUAGUUUUUGGGGUGGGAUAAAUGAGAUUUGUAGUUUGGGAGUUGCUAGUCCAAUGCUGUAAGUAUAUCAAUUGCAUGUUAUUGUCGCUGAUGUAACUGCUAUUGAUUUUAGAUUAUGUUUGGGGGGGCACAAAACUAUCUUUAUUUAUAAUUUUUACAUAUUUUUUUUGCGAAAUGUUUAAUUGUGUACUUAGGAAAAGACACACUUUUGCCUUUAUGUUCUUUUGACUUGUUUUCAAUCUGCUAUUUGCAAUACGUAUUUUUACUUGUAUUGUCAUUUAGUUGGUUUCAUGGCGAAAAUGAGUUGUCAUUUGUGUAGAUCUUAGCAGCAGACCAUUUUUAUUUAAUUUAAUUUUUUUGUCCGUUCCUAAAUGUGCCGUGUGUCUUUCUUUCAAUUAGCUGUGAGUGAGGAUGGAUGGAGGGCAAGAUCUGUGUCUUGGAAUUUUUUGUCUACCAAAAGUCUGAUUUAUUAUUUAUAUUUUUUGUUCAUUUGUUUUAAAAAUUAAUAUUUUUUUACAACUUUUAUUAUAUUCAGGGAAAAGAUGACACCAAAUUGAAUAAAUACAUUUCCAGAAGAUCCUAGAGAGCGGUUGAGAUGACGAGAGUGUGACAGUGUAGUUGGAGAAGUCUUCUUUCUGUCGUUCCGGAACGCCAGGGUCAAAGGUGUCUUUUUCUCGCAAAGCGGCGCGAUCACGUUCACUGCUCCGUUUAGCCACUUCUUCACCCUGUGUCGCUGUGAAACCUUGGUCCUCCGAUAUCCUCUUAACUGAAUUUGUUUUAUGUCUUUCCAUGAUCAAAAUAUCGCGAUUGAUGUUUCUCGGUUUAAAUCUUUUGUGUGCUAUUUUAUUUUUUUAUUUCUACCCAGAAGCCCCACUUUGUUUUUGUGGUUCUCUGAUGCUGUAUUAAACUGUAUGGUCAAACUAAUUUGACUACAUUUGAAAUGGCACCCUAUUCCCUAAAUGGUGCACCUAAAGUAGUGCACUACAUCGGGAAUGGGGUGCCAUUUGAGACGAAGCCAAUGAGAGAGCGUCUUAUUAAUGCUGAAAUUGUCAUGAAUGGCGUUUGCACUUGGGCAGCUUUUGAGUCGGGUGGGGAGGAGUCGUUAGGAGCUCUUUCGGGUUGCAGACGUCCAGUUUGACCAAUCACAGACCUGCGACUGGCAGGAAAAAAAACUGAUUUCAACAAAUGUUUGUAUUUUCACUAUUUAUUUAUUAGUCUGUUUUUAUAUAUAUAUAUAUUAAGCCAAACAAGACACAUGGUAGAGAGAAUUGUCUGUCAUUGGCCUUGCCGUUGAUACAAAAGCCAAAUAUAUCAAACCACACUAACCCACAGGAAACAUUGCUAUUAUAAUGGAGUGGUUUAAACUAGAUGGUGUAUGCUCUUUUAGUACUGGUUUGGCUGAGCUGUAGGAUGUCGGUCUUCAUGUUUGUAUACUUUAGUGUGUGUCCACUCAUUUCAUUGAAAUCCUGCUCAGUCAAGCCAAACAGGUUAUGGUUUAAAUCUUAACAUUUACAACAUGGGUGGUAUUAAAGAGAGUGCUAUGCUAACAACCACUUAAGUUAGCUCCUAUUGUUUGAAACUUGGAUUGGUUUUACACAAGUAAUGAAUUGUCCUCCUGAAACAGACUAGCAGUCAACGUUUUAUGCAUACUGACUGAAGUGGACUGAUUGGCUCGUAUUUAACCUGCACUCUGUAGCGAGGUGGAAACUGUUUUAAAAUGUUGGUGAAUAAUACUUUGCUUGUUCCCUAGGGUUUCUAAAUACGGUAUUGCAUGACUUGCUCGAUAUGAAAGUGGAAAAUUGUUUACUUUUUCCAUCCAUUGCAAUUCCAUGGCUUUUUGUAUGUAUAACUCAAAGGGUUUGUUCUGACAGUUGUAUCAAUCUACACAGCUACUGUCUCACUCUGCUUUUCGCUGUCUUUUCAUUUUCCGUUUCAUUUCCUCUAUUUCAAACAGAAUAAAUGCCAUUAUAUUGUGAAUACCUCAGGAUUUUUUUGGAGACAAAUCAAAUAAAGAAAAGAAAAGUU